CGACUACUAGAUGCAAAAUGGCGGACAAAGCAGCGGAAGAAUCCCAGAGUUUAAGGCUUCGUCUGCAGUCUUUUCUGAGUGGCAAGGAUGAAACAGGGAAAAUCUUGUCCAACGCUGAGAAAACACAGUGUGCGAUUGCACUGCUGCACUCUCUUCCUUGUGCAAGACAUGCCGUUUUAGAGCAACUCUGCGAUGUGUUUCAUGAAGCUGUUCAAAAAUAUAUGGUAGAGUUAGAAAGGCAAGCAUUAUCUGGGACUACAGCUGCCUGUCAUAGAGAUACCCUGGACCCUGAGUUAAUAUCUGCUUUACAGAAUGUCAGUGAAGUUGUAUGCAGAUUUGUUGAUAAUAACCCUACUGCCUGGGCACCACUUAUUUGUCAGUGGUCUUUGAACCUUCUUGGGCAAGUUGUCACAAAGAAUAAUGGAAGGAGAGCCACUGGCAUAACUUUGUCUCUAAGUGAGGGUCUGCAUAAGUGGAUGUUAUUUCCUGCUGUUCAAAGAUUGAUGGAUAUUACAGUCCAUUGCAGUGCUAAAUUAGUUAGCCGUGGUGAGGCUGACGUAUGUGUGCAGUGUCUGCUUCAAAUAGCAAUGAACAGCUCUCCUCAUUUGGACUGGGUUGUAGCUCAUAUUGGGUCUCAUUUCCAUCAGGUCUUUAUUCCUAAGUUGCUGUCUGCUGCACUUAAAGAAUACACAGCAAGUCAUUCCCCAGGGGGAGGGGGUGGUGAUACCUUUGUCAUGACCCCCACUGUAGUGCAUGUUCUGACAUACCUUUCUCUUCAACAUUCCCAAGAAGUCAAGAAUAACCUGCUAGCCAUGUUUCAUGAAAGUAUCGCAACCUCUCCAAAGUCCAAUGUUGAAAGAGAAGAACAGUUAUCCACUCUUCCUUUUCUUCUACACAUUGCUACAUCAUCACCUGACUUACUGAGAGGAACUAUCACUGAAUUUAUUACUGCCUUGACUCCUGAAGUCCUUCUUCAGUUGCUGGAGCAGUCUAAGAAGAGAGGGGACUGGAAAAUUAGCUUGGUGUCAUCAGUUGUCAAUGUCAUAAAGAACAUGGAGGAAGGAGCACUUGAAGUGUUUCAGCUUCUUCUUGAAAACUGUCAGAAGCCUACAGAUAGAGAGUCAAAGGAGGUUGAUUUGGCUCAAGCUGAAUUGCAGAAAACAUUCAGUUUAACGAUGGGAUUACUGCUGACUAGACUUAAAGACAUUGCUAUAGAGAGGCACAGCCUGUUUUACAAGAACACAACCAUAGCUUCACUUGACACUAGAAAAACAGAGAGUGAAUUUCUUACAGAAAUGGCUCAUCACACAAAAGAUCUGUGCCAGGCACUUAUCACGUCAACUGGGAACAAGGUUUCUAACACUUUUCAAAUGUUAGUCACCAUUGCCAUUUACAGUGGAAGAACUUUAGCAGCAGGGAUUCUCAACCAUGUUCUGCUGAAUAGUAGAUCCAGUCAAUCACUUCAGCUAUUUGUUCAACUGCAUUGUGAUCUUGAGCUGUACUACACACAGCUGUUGGAUGAUGUUGUGAAAACAUGUCUGUCAACUGGCAAGUAUCCUGGCACUGCAUCACACUCCAAGAAGUUGCUGGGUUUGUUGAGUAAUCUUCAUGAAUUAAUUUCCAUUGGAAGCAAAAAUGCAAAUCUCCUGAGGUCAAAGAUGUGUACAUCACUUCAAAGACAUCACAGCCUCCUGACUAAUUUACUGAUUCAUCCAAACUUGGACGUCUCUUUGAAGUCUCUGGAGCUUCUUCUGUCGUUGGACAAAAUUAUGCCAGACAAAGUUUCUAACAUGAUGAAAAUAUGUAGUAACUGUGUGGGGCUGUUUUACAAGUUGUUAAACAAACUGAGAAAACAAGAUGGAAGCAUAAGUGAAACAGUGAAGUCCAUCAAACUUUGCAGACAGAUGGUUCUUCUUCUCUCCAAAGAUGACAGAUGCAGACUUUACUUGAUGAGACUUCUGGUGGAGGGAACACUUAAAAAGGAGCACGUUUCCUUAUUUGGUGGAAUUUUACCAGCUGAACCAAGUGACUCAGAGAAGGACUUAACAAACAUUAACGUGUCAUUAUUGGAGAGAAACAGAAACCCUCAUAUCUCUUCGCACCUUCCUUUAACUCCUUCGUCGGUUUUCUUCAGUGGAAUUGUGGGUAACAUAGAGAAAAACAACAGAAUAAAGGCACCUGAGCCACAAGUAUGGCAGCAGACGAGUCAAGUGUUUGUGGAUGUUGUGUUCAUGCUGUGCACGUGUGAUCAGGGAGAUGCAGACGGUUCUAACCUUGCUCUUCACCAUAAAUAUGUGGACUCUUUAUCGUUGCUGCUGAUGGAGCUUGUGUGUCCAGAUGUUGUACCCAUUAGCUUUGAUUGGCCAGAUGAUGAAAGUCUAAAGUUUACAAUUGAACGCGACUUACGGAUAAAGAAAACAUUCGACGAUAAUCCAAUCCUGUGGGCUCUUGUAAGCAUUGUGGCAAGAGGUGUCUCAUCACUGUCCAAAUGCAGCCCUCUAGUGUCCAGUCUGCUAGCAACUGUUAUGUCCAACUGGGAAGUAUAUAGAGGCUCGACAGUUGACCAAUCAUCACUAAAUUUUAAAGUCACGUGUUUCAUAACAGACAUUAUGACAAAGGCAAGUUGGUUGCCUCCUCCGCUUAGUCGGGUUGGUGCUGUAUUUGGUCUCCUGAAGCCAAAGGAAAUUUACACCAUACUCAACACCAUGUGGAAAGUCCUUAAGGAAUUUCCUCCUCCAAGUUCUGCCAUGACACCAGAAGCUACUCGGCAAAGGUGGCAGCAAGGAACAGCCUUCAAAACUCAAAAGGAAGUGGUGAAGGCGAUCUUUGUGAAUAACAUUGAAAAACUUGGUCAUCAUUAUGCUCGUGUGUUUGACGAAUCUUGGUAAAUUUGUUUCUAAGACUUGUACCGUGCUAAUGUAAAUAAAUUGUUAACUUUCAGUUACCUUUAAUUUGU